AUGGCAAAGGACUGGCAGUGUAGAAAGUUUGAGAAUGGGUUGAGGGGUGACCUCAAACUCAUGGUGGCUUCGCUCUCUAUCAAGGAAUUCCUUGCCUUGGUAGAGAAGGCAAGAGUAAUGGAGAAGCUUAAGGCUGAAGUUGAAGAUCAACAGAGGUCUCAGCAGAAGAUGGGAGGACCAUUUGGGUCCACGAGCAGACAUGACGACAAGAGGAAGCCAUGCGGUCAGGCGGGCCACUUCAUAAAGGAUUACCCAGUUGAUAGGAGCACAGUGCCGAGGCCUUCAUCACAGCCUCAGCCCCAUCAGACGAGAGGAGGUGCGAGACUGCAGGUAGCUGGUCGGGUGUACGCUGUGAUGGGUGCCGAGGCAACUGGAUCAAGUAACCUCAUCGUCGGGUCUUGUGUGAUAGCUGAUAGGAGCUUGCAUGUUCUGUAUGAUUCGGGAGCGACACAUUCCUUUGUGUCAGAAUCUAGAGUGGUAGAGUUGAUGGUGUAA